AUGCCACUUCUGUCCUUUGCGCUUGCAAACAAGUCUCGUGAGGCCGUCGAGCUUCUCGCAUCAGUGGCCGACAUCAACUUCAUCGACGACGGUCAAUCUUCGACCAAGGCGUGCGUCAACAAGGUGCCGCUGGGCCAAGCCAUCAAAACCAACCUCGACACAACAUUGCUUGCGAAAAUGCUGGAACAUGCCAGCGUCCAGCCGCCAGAGUACUACGAGGAAGCUCUCAAGAUGGCACUUGUAGCCAAGAGCGUCUCCAACGUAGUGCUGCUGGCAUCCAAGGUCAACCCCAAGUCCGAGUGCUUUCUUCAAUACGCGGUCCACAACCCUGAUUUUGUGGCAGUGUUGCUGGAACUGGGCGCGGACCCCAACCAGAGCGACCAGUACGGUCGCCCUCCGCUACUCGGUGCCUGCUCACAGAACGAAGAAAUCUCAGCGCGUAUCUUGCUGCCGCACACCACCAACGGCGAUGUUCACGGCUACUACGCGCCACUCUACAACGUUGUUGCAGAAGGCGGUCUGCGCGGUCUGGCUAGAGAUUUGGCCCGUACCGUCUUUGCAGAAUCACCGAUGCCGCCACUGCACAAGAUCUUUUGGCAACCGUGCGUCGAGCGAUAUGCACAACGUGCAUGCGAUUUCUGGUGCUAUGCCCCGGACCACGCGAGAGCCUAUGCCAAAAUCGAGCUCGAGUACAUGGCUGUUCUCUGCACGCUCCUCGACGAGCCGUUCUGGUGGACCAAGGAAACACUGCCAAGUCUUCCGCCUGGUGUCUGCGAUACUGACGUCAUCCAUGGCGAGCUCCAAUUCAUUCGCGACGAGUUUGUGCGGCCACUCGGUCUCGUGCCCAACACGACCCGCGGUGUGUACCACGCCGACGACGCACUCUCGGUCGACUUGCUUUCGUCGCUCAGUCAACUCUUGACACCGCUCGAAGUCGACGCUUCCUGGAACGACAACGUCUUGGAGGUCGUCGACCCAGCCAUGCACGGCGCGGUGUACGGCCAAUCGCGCUUCAAUCUCCACCCGCACAACAUGCGCGUCGGGACAUCCACAAGCGCCACCGUUCAACAUGAGAUGCCUCCGUCGACGACGCUUACCGAUGCCGCGUGCCCGCACCUGCAAAUGCUGCCGACGCCGGUGACGUGGGAUGCGUCGUUGCGUCAAGUGACACUGGAGAGCUAUAUCAACAACAUCCACCCGUCGCAGUCGGCGCUCUAUGCGGUGCUGGCCGAGACCCUAUCGACUGUGCUGCCGCUGCUAGAUGCCGCCCGGUGGGUCCCCCGAAAAGACAACCGACGUAUUCGACUCGGUGGCGGCCACGAGAACGAGCUGCGCCUGCUCCGGGACGCGUACCUGAAGCACCACGGCCUCGACCCGUCGACGACUGUACUGCAAAAGACGCUGCGGGCGUUCAAGAAGGCGCAGGGGCCCAUCACGAGCCAGUUGCAGCCAGCGCCACCGACGCUCCACGCUGCCAAAGAGUUCUGGAAGAACUACGUACCACGUCGUGACGACGACGAUGACGACGGUAGCUGGCGGCUUCCGAGCAAGCCUCAGUCGCACCAAGUGCUCUGCCACGUGCAGUGUCUCCGCGCGACGCCCGAGGCACCGACAAUGACGACGGCGUGGCGGCGUGGGUCGGGCGCUACCAACGAGGCCAUCAAGUUUACAGCCGUGGCCCUGUACGGUGCAGACAACAUCUCGGUGCGGAUCGAGUUCCGAGAGACGUUUGAGAAGGCCGACUUUGGACCGCACAAGCGCAACCCUGCGAUCGAGAGCGCGUGA